CACGCAUGCUCCUUCCCUCUUUCUCACACCUCUCUCUGCCAUCAAUUCCCUUCCCUUUCACCUCGCCCAUCGACUCUAGAGCUCACCUCCUGAUCGCACAAUGCAUCUCGUCCUCACUGGGGCCACAGGCCUUGUCGGCUCCGCCGUCCUCCAACAAAUGCUCGUCACCCCCUCCGUCUCAAAAGUCUCAAUCCUCUCUCGUAGACCAGUUGCCCAAGUCGAGGGACACUCCAAAGCGCGCGUCAUAAUUCAUAAAGACUAUGCCACCUACCCGCCUGAAUUGUUGAACCAGUUGAAGGAUGUAGAUGGUGUCGUAUGGGCGCAGGGCAUCUCCUCUGUCUCGGUAUCAAAACCAGAAUACGAGCAGAUCACAAACACAUACCCAUUAGCUUUCGCACGCGCCCUCUCUACAACCCUUGCCCCAAAACCAGUAAACUUCAUCUACGUCUCCGGCGAAGGGGCAACAACCACCCCUUCCUUCCUAACACAACACUGGGCGCGGAUCAAAGGGCUGACGGAAUCCUCCCUCGUCGCUUUAUCCAAACAACCUGAAUACGCAAACCUCAGACCGAUAAGUUUGAGACCAGGAGCCGUGGAUCCGACGUUCCAUACAGAGGUGAAAGAUUUUGUGCCGAGGCGGACGGCAGCGAUGGGCAUGGUGGAGAAGGCUGCGUUGCCUGUGUUUAGAGGACUGUUGCCUAGUAUGAUGAGUCCGACGAAGGAGUUGGGUAAGGUGCUGGUUGAGUUGGCGAUGGGUGAUGGAGGGGCGCAUAAGGAGGGGGAGAGCGGCGUUAGUGGGGAGGGCAGGACGUUGAGUAACGCUGCUAUGAGGAGGUUGGCUGGGAUUUGA